UUUGGAUUUAUUCCACCCGAACCUCUCACCCUCACCUCUCCGGUACACGCGCUGCAUCUCCCUGCUGCGCCCCGGUUUUCGUCACAUCAUUCACUUGAUUUGACUCUUUUUUAACGUCUGGGAUUUUUUUUCCUUUUCUCCGCAGAUCUCAGGUUUGGAUGUGGCCUCGUCAAGCCCCGUCCACAACUUGACAUCACCUUUCGACUUUCGUCACCUCAACCCGCGACUCUCCUCUCUCCACCCCGAAAAGUUUCCUUCCGAGUCUUCACCUCUGCGCGUGUGACGUGGAUACCACCUGUCUAAUGACCUCGAACCCUCCUCAGUCGGGCGUUCAACCAGGACAGAGCACCGCUACCUCCGCCUCCAACCCGUCCGUCACUUCAUCUGCCCCCUUGGCUGCGACUGCCCCAGCAGCCAGAUCCUACGCCUCCGCCACGAAGAAGUCCACCACGGACUCCUCCCCUGCUCCCGUCACCGUGGGUGGCUCGGCGCAACAUGGGAAGUCGACUGCUGCAUCUUCAGUGAACGGCAAACCCAUGCAAAACCAAUCCUCCCAGCAGCCGGCUCAGUCUGGGGUGACCAUUGUCAAUGGUGCUCCUACAGCCCCUGCCGCUGCUCAAAAUGACCACUCUCGCAAGCCGUCUGUGACCAUCACUUCUGCUGGUGCUUCUGGAUACAUGCCCAACGGUGGCCCUGCCAGCCGGCCCAACUCUCUUCAGUUCGGCUUUGCCAACCAGCAGAGCUCCCCCAACAUGGGUAACCCUGCCGUGCUCGCCUCCAACCAGGCCCAGUCUGGCCUAGGUGCGCCUUCCACCAACCCGCGGGUCACUUCGCCUCAGACCUCCCCGUCACCCAUCCCGCAGCCCGCGUCCAGCGGUGGUCGCCCCCCACCAUCGACCUACCAGGCACAGGGUAAUGUUCCUAACUUUGGCAGCUUCGGUGAGAAUGCUGGUGAUAACAACCCUCCUCUCGGACCCGGUCAACAGCACGUCCGUCGCGAGUCCUCGCAGUCGACUCACAGUGAUAUGAGCAACCACAUGGGUGGUGGCCCUGGCCGUGGUGGCUACCCUCACCAGGGUGGCCGCGGUCGCGGAUACUCCCAGUCUGGCUACCAAGGAGGACAGAUGCCCUACUCACCAGGCCCGAACUUCCGCCAGACCCCUAACCAGCCCCGUGGUGGUCCCAACAUGGGUCCUCAGUUCCACGGCCCUAACCAGGGCCGGCCGAUGCCUCCCUUCCCCAACUCGCCUCACCAAGCGAACCGCAGCCCGGCCCUCGCGAACGCUCAUCCCACCACGCCCCAGAUGAACCAAGUUCCUAUGGCCCACCCGCAGAUGCCCCCCCAGCCCUACCCUGGCUACGGGCAGCACAUGGGUCCCCAAACUGUGAGAAACCCAUCCUACUCCCGUCAGAACCCAAGACCUGCCCGGCGUGGCAACCAUAGCAAUCAAAGCAACCAUGUGAAUCACCACAGUAAUCCCAACUGGCGUGCCAAUCGUGGAGACAAUGCCAGCUAUGGUCGCCCCCGUGGAAACAGCCGCCCCCCUGCGGUCCCCAUCCCCAUGCCAAAUCUCGCGCCGGAGAGCGGGCACUUUGAACAAUGUCUAACCUGGGUUAAAAACAAUCAGGGCUAUCCUCCGAGCUACGACCCUAACUACGGCUUCUACCCCGGUGGUUAUAACAUGCAGAACAUGCAGUACAUGACCCCUCCGUCGCCGCAACCCCGCCCUGGCAUGCCUUACAACCCGCAGGCCCCGUACAUCCAACAGCAGUACCCCGUUCAGCCUCCACCCCAGUCGACUCCUCUCUCGCGCACCCCAUCCCAGGUUUCGACUGACCGUCCUGGCUCGAGCCUGGGCCAACCUGCCCCUGCUGGUCCUCCCGGCACUGGUCACACUCACACUGGUAGCAGGUCGUCGAACAGCCCCGUCCCCGCGAAGCCACACUUCGUGAUUCCUUCUGCAAAGAAGAGUCCUAUCAUCAUCAAGGACCCUAACAGCGGCAGCGUCAAGACUUUCGACAAGAAUCCGGCCUCUCCUGCUCGUGCUACUCCUUCCCCAGUGAAGAUCGCCACUCCUACCGCGACCCCGCCUCCUCGCACGUCCAGCGCCACUGACCACGCUCGCACUGAGAGCAAGGUGGGUAGUACUAAGACUGAUGAGGAGAAGAAGCAAGAACUGAAGGAUGCUGUGCGGCAGAAGAUUCAGGAUGAUGAGGCUGCCCAAAAGCGCAAGGCCGAGGAAGCUGCCCGCAAGAGCGCCGAGGAGGCGAAGCCUGUCGAAGUCAAGCCCGUUGAAGCCAAGCCUGUUGAGGCCAAGCCUGUUGAGGCCAAGCCUGUUGAGGCCAAGCCUGUUGAAGCCAAGCCUGUUGAAGCCAAGUCUGUUGAAGCCAAGCCUGUUGGACCCAAGAAGGAGGACGCCACCGAGUCCGCUCGUGCUGCCCUGGAGGACCUCAGCUUGAAGGAGAAGGCCGCCCCUGUCGAAGAGCCCAAGAAGGCUCCCGCUCCUACUUCCGCUCCCGCCCCUGCUCCCCCCGCAGACGAGGACGAGAUUGACUACGAUGCUAUCGAGCGUGAGAUGGCCGAGAUCGAGGCUAAGGAGCGUGCCGCUGAGGAGGACUACAAUCGCAAGAAGCAGGCCCAGAAGGAGGAAGCUGAGCGCAAGGAGCGCGAAGAACGGGAGCAAUAUGAGAUCAACAUGAAGAAGGCCGAACGGGAAGCCGAAGAGCGUGAGCUCGCUCGUGAGGCUGCUCGUGCUAAGGGUGAUAACGUCGAAGAUGAGACCACCCGCAAGGAGCGUGAGGAUCUGUUUGCUUCUCUCAAGAAGGGUGGCCUCACUGCUACUGAGACUUCAACUCCCGCCGACAGCGGUGCUGCCACUCCUGUUUCGUCUGACAUGUCCAUGGGCCCCCCUGCUAAACCCGCCGGUGUCGCUGCCAAGAAGCCUGCUGGUCUGAAGCUCGACACCCCCAAGCCCACUGAGCCUCCUCAACCCAGCGCCGCCAUGAAGUCCCUCCAGAAUGCCAAGUUCCUUGAGGACCUCAGCAAGAUCACCUACCCUUCUUCCGUCAACGCCCCCGACGCCGCUCUCAACGCCAACUCUCCCGCUGGUCGCCGGUUCCACUACAGCCGUGACUUCCUGCUCCAAUUCCAGGCUGCCUUCAAGGACAAGAUCUCUAUCGACUGGGACGCCCGUGUUCGUGAGACUGUCGGUGACAGCGAUGCCUCUUCCCGACCCCAGUCUGCCCGUACCCCCAGCAUGGGUGGUCGCAACCCCUCUCACAAGGGCCUCGGUGCCUUCCCUGGUGCCCAAAUGGGUUCCUUCGGCCAAACCAAUCGUCCUGCCGUCAGCACGCCUAUUGGUGGCCGUCCGUUCGGUGGUGGUCCCUUUGGUGGCCGUCCUGGCAUGCCUGGCAUGGGCGCAGGCCCUAUCUCUCGCAACCCCUCUUCUAACAUGGGCCCUAUUCGUGCGGCAUCGAGCAAGGGUGGUGCUGGCAGCAAGCGUGGCAAGCACGGUGGCAAGAACCCGGAGGAUACCAACAAGGCCAUGCCUCUUACUGCUGGUAUGGAGCUGAAGGCUCUGCAGCAGAGUGCUACUGGCUGGAAGCCCCGCAGCCUUGGUCCCAACGCUGCUGGUCCCGCUCCUGGUGGCGAGGGCCACAUGCCUCCCGAUGUUGUGCAGCGUAAGGUCAAGGCCGCGCUGAACAAGAUGACUCCUGAGAAGUUCGACCGUAUCUCCUCCCAGAUCCUGGAGAUUGUGUCUCAGUCCAAGGACGAGUCUGAUGGCCGCACCCUGCGCCAGGUCAUUCAGCUUACCUUCGAGAAGGCUACUGACGAGGCUCACUGGGCCCCUAUGUACGCCAAGUUCUGCAAGAGUAUGCUGGAGAGCAUGAGCGCUGAGAUCAAGGAUGAGAACAUCCGCGAUAAGAACGGCAACAUUGUUACUGGUGGUUCUCUGUUCCGCAAGUACCUGCUCAACCGCUGUCAGGAGGAGUUCGAGCGUGGUUGGAAGGUCAACCUCCCACCCAAGCCCGAAGGUGUCACCGACGAGAUUGCUAUGCUGUCCGAAGAAUACUACAUUGCCGCCGCUGCCAAGCGUCGUGGUCUUGGUCUCGUCAAGUUCAUUGGUGAGCUGUACAAGCUUGGCAUGUUGACGGAGCGUAUCAUGCACGAAUGUACCAAGCGUCUGCUUGACUUCGAGGGUGUGCCUGAGGAGGCCGAGGUCGAGUCUCUGUGCAACCUGCUGCGUACUAUUGGUGCCAGUCUGGAUGCCUCAGAGAAGGGUCCUGCCAUGAUGGACGCCUACUUCGCCCGUAUCAACCACAUGAUCGACAUGCCCGGCUUGCCUAGCCGUCUGAAGUUCAUGCUGAUGGACAUUGCCGAUCUGCGUUCUAAACGCUGGAAGUCUAAGGACGCUGACAAGGGCCCCAAGACUAUCCAACAGAUUCGCGAGGAGGCUGCUCGCGCACAGGCCGAGGCGGAGAUGGAGCGCCAACGGCAGCAGGCCAACCGUGGUGGUGGUGGCGGUGGUCGCCCAGCUAUGGGCCGUGGUGAUGCUCGUGGCUUCGGUUACGGUAACCAGGCCCCUCCCCCCGACUACGCCUCCAGCAAGGUCGGCAGUGACGACCUGCGCCGUCUGCGGGCUACCCGCAACACCAACCAGCCGAUGUCCUUCGGCCCUUCGAGUCUGCUUGGCUCUCGUAGCAGCAGCGGUCGCAAGGGCCUUGGCCCCGGUGGCAACCUGGUUCGGGGCAGCGAUGACAGCGCUGCAAGCAGCCGCACUGGUACUCCCCCUGCUGGCAAGGACAAGGAGGCUGCCUCAUCAAUGAAUGCUUUCAGCGCCCUCGCCGCCCUGGAAGACCGGGACAACAUGGCAACCUCGCCCCCGUCCAACCCUACUUCCCCCAUGCUUACCAAGUCGCAGCCCGCCAGCGCGGAGCGCCGACCCUCAAAAACCCCCUCCAAGGACGGGGAGGACGCAGCAUAGAUUUGAUUCCCUAGGUGUUAAUGAUCAACGUUUUUUCCAUUGUUUUUCUCACCCAAAAGAUUUCUCUUUUUCUUAUCCUCCCAUGCCUUUCCCCACUGUUCAUGUUGCUCCCAUUGCGAAUCUGCUUUUUUUUUUGGCCGUCCUGACUUGCAUUCCCCGACUGGUCGGUUACACUUUUACUUAUCUCACCCUUGUCCCUUAUCCUUCUUUCCUCCUUUUUUUACUCGGGACCUUCAUAGUGUACAAUUUUCACACCUUCUAUUUCAUUUUUCUUCCUCCUACUUUUAUUAAUCUUGAAUUGGUGGGGAAGAAGGGGUGGUGGUCGUUGGUAGCAUAUGAAUGGAGAAGACUGUUGCUUCGUAAAUGAGGAAUAGGCAAUCAUUGGUUACUAUGCUGAGUGGGGAUGCAUCAGGAA